GCUCGGGGCAGGAAAUUGGCGUGGAAUACCAUCGACACUCCAAGCUAAAGAAUUGGAAAACAGUCAGAUCACCCAUGAUAGUGGGUGGUCCGAUGCAGGGACAAGUGAGAUCCCUCCCUGCCGUGUUUUGAAAGAGAAAGGCUGUGUUAAGUAUGACACCCUGCAUCGCCUGCUUGACCAAAGAUGAUGGAAAUCACAAUUGAAAGGUCCAUAAUCCACACAGAAGUAUGUGGCAAGAGUGUUGAGUAUUGAGGGAGACGGGAACGACAACCGCAUACACGCCCCCGCCCACCGACACAAUUUAAAGCCCGCUCGCCCGGCCACUUCAAUCGUCCCACCAUGGCCCACUCCCUUUCACCUGAAUGUACGCCGCUGAAGCACGCGUACGACUCCUGCUUCAACAGCUGGUUCGAGGGCUACCUUGAACCGGCAAUCGCGAACUCCAAAAAGCUCUCGGAGGGACAGCGGAAUGAAUACGCCAAGAAGAAAGCAGAGGAAUUCGAUCAAAAUUGCGGAGCUGUUUGGCGGGAGUACAAAGAUUGUGUGCAGAAAGCUUUGAAGGACCGGGGAUUAGAUGAACUGCUAGAGCAGGCUCGACAAGACAAUCCAUUACGCACGCCCCCAUCGCCACAGACUGGAAAGUCGUCGUAGCUGGGUAUUAUUACAGUAGUAGUCUACACUCUGGAAACAGCGCGCUGCCCGACGGCCCCGACGUUGCUGUGGACACCUAAUUAGGAAAGGCACACCUCCGUUCUUGAGUCAUGCGCGUCACGUGAGGGGCGCGU